AUGUCCAUUGAGACUGAGCGCCUUGUUCAUGAGUUCCAAAAUGAGUUGACACCAUAUUGUUGCAGCCGUGCAAUGGUUGUUCGACCCGAAAGCGCUGCUAGCGUAAUUCAACCAGGGGCAGCGACAGUUGCUGUUGGAGGUCCUGCUCAAUAUAUAGCCCAACCUAGUCCACGCCAAGGCGAUGUAAUGCCGAGUGAAAUCGAUGACUCCGAAGGAAUUUGGGCGUAG